GCCGGGUGUCAAUCAGAUUAUUUCUCACCACACAGCCACGAAAAGAUGAGCUCCGCUACUGAUCAACGUUUGGAACAUCUGUUGACUGCCGUUGAGAACGAAUUUCAGAAGGGCAGUGAGAAAGGGGAUGUUACGGAAAGGGAUAUCAAACUCAGUUUGGAUGAUUGUGAACUCUGGACAAAGUUUAAAGAGCUCACCAAUGAGAUGAUCGUCACGAAAACGGGGAGACGGAUGUUCCCAGUGCUACGGGUGAAUAUUGCUGGAUUGGACUCUAAUGCCAUGUACUCUGUACUUUUGGACUUCGUGGCUGCAGACAAUAAUCGUUGGAAGUACGUAAAUGGGGAAUGGGUUGCAGGCGGUAAACCCGAACCACAGAGUCCCAGUUGCGUCUACAUUCACCCGGACUCACCCAAUUUUGGAGCGCACUGGAUGAAGGCCCCGGUCUCUUUCAGUAAAGUGAAACUCUCCAAUAAAUUGAAUGGCGGUGGACAGAUAAUGCUGAACUCUCUGCACAAAUAUGAGCCCCGUAUUCACAUCGUGAAAGUCGGUGGUGUUCAAAAAAUGAUAAGCAGUCAGUCCUUCCCAGAGACGCAAUUUAUUGCUGUCACUGCAUACCAAAAUGAAGAGAUCACAGCGCUGAAGAUAAAACACAACCCAUUUGCCAAAGCAUUCCUAGACGCCAAAGAAAGGAGUGAUCAUAAAGACAUAGUCGAUCAUCCUACUGGAACUCAGCAAUCUGGUUAUGCUCAGAUUGGCAGCUGGUUUCUGCCCAACAGUACUUCCAUGUGCACAAGCACUAACCCAUCCCAGUUCAGUGGGGGCCACAGCCUGUCGUCAGGCUCCUACUGUGAGAGAUACUCUUCUCUGAGGGGUCAUAGGUCCUCCCCAUACCCGAUACAUUACCCUCACCGCAGCCCCAAUGCCAACGCCUAUAUGGACAACUCCUCAGCCGGGCUAGCAGGCUCCGAGAGCUGGUCUUCCUUACAGAUCCCUAGCCCCAGUAGCAUGGGCUCUCUGCCACACACAUCUAAUGGCACCACCAGUCCCAGUCAGUACCCUGGCCUGUGGUCGGUGACGGGGGCCCCUCUGACCUCGGCCAGCCCUCCAUCGGGCUCCUUGACCGGGGGUCUGACGUCCCAGUUCCUGCGCAGCUCCCCUGUCUCCUACACCAGCCUGAGCUCUUCCUCUAUGACCCCUUCCUCUUCCUCGCCCAUGUACGACACAGGGCUCGGCGAGGUGGGUGGAGGCGGCGAGGCUCAGUUUGAGAGCUCCAUCGCCCGCCUCACGGCCUCGUGGACAACGCCGGUGGCCCAGAGUUACUGAGGGUCAGUGUUGUAGACGGACACGUCCUCUCUCUCUCUCUGGCCAGCCGACCUGCAUGGCUUCUCUCAGAGGAAGCCAAACUGACUGAUUGAAAAACAGAAUAGACAUUCCAUAAGAAGGGUUGAAGGACCACAGGUUAUAUGUUGCUCCUAACUGAAUUGGUAACCAUUUGCUGGCAUAACUAAAUGUUUAAAUGGAACAAAAUAAAUAUAUAUAAAUAAGAUCCAACCAUUCUUAUUGGGAUGUCUGUGGAACUGGGAUAUAACUAAUAAUAAUAAUAAUAAUGCUAAUGACCUUAACACUGGAUGUCUAUUUAUUUUUAAUAAUUGUAUUCCAUGACUUCUUUCCAUGAUUUGAAUGUUCUAUAUUACCUAUAUAAAGUGUUUAUGACAGCAGAAAGUUUGCUUAUGUCCAACUUGAAUUGGUUUGUUGUAUAUAAUUAUUCCUUUUCUGUGUCUGUGAUGAAAGAAGUGUCUCAUGUUCUGUCCAAAUCAAAUGUCAUGGCACCUUAUUCGAUAUAUGUGCCUUAAAAUGCAAUGUGCUGGAAACUCAAAAUAAUGUACAUAUACAUACUCUUUUUGUUCAAGACCCAAUACUUGUGACUUUUAUUUAUGUUAUUGUAAAAAAAAUAAAUUAAACA